CAUCACUCAUUCUAUAUUUUUAAGUGCAAAGCUUCAUAGUAGAGCACACACAUUGCACUAAAAUCUUUGAAACAUGGCUAACUUUGCUAUAGCCAAUGUUUUGAUACUUCUCUUGAACUUGAGUACCUUACUCAAUGUUCUUGCUUGUCCUUAUUGUCCCUACCCUUCUCCUAAACCACCAACACACAAACCUCCUGUUGUUAAACCACCAGUUCAUAAACCACCACCAGCUCACAAACCACCAAAGUACCCUCCUAAACCACAACCUUGUCCACCUCCUUCUUCAUCACCAAAACCACCCCAUGUUCCAAAACCUCCUCAUUAUCCCAAACCACCUGUAGUUCAUCCACCUCAUGUCCCAAAACCUCCGGCAGUUCAUCCACCUCAUGUCCCUAAACCUCCAGUAGUGCAUCCACCUAUAGUUCAUCCACCUUAUGUACCAAAACCACCAGUUGUUAAACCACCUGUUGUGAAACCACCUUAUGUACCAAAACCACCAGUUGUGAAACCACCUGUUGUGAAACCACCUCAUGUCCCUAAACCACCUGUUGUGAAACCACCAGUUGUUCCAGUAACACCACCUUAUGUUCCUAAGCCACCAGUUGUUCUUCCACCUUAUGUCCCUAAACCACCAGUUGUUCCAGUUACACCACCUUACGUUCCUAAGCCACCAAUUGUUUUCCCACCACAUGUUCCUCUUCCACCAGUUGUUCCGGUAACACCACCUUAUGUCCCUAAACCACCAAUUGUUUUUCCACCACACGUCCCUCUUCCACCAGUUGUUCCAGUAACACCACCUUAUGUUCCUCUUCCUCCGGUCGUUCCAGUUACACCACCUUUUGUACCAACACCUCCUGUUAUUACACCACCAACACCCACAGUACCAGUUCCUAGUCCACCUAGUGAAACACCGUGUCCACCACCACCACCAUCACCACUUGUACCUUCUCCACCACCAGCACAACAAACAUGUUCCAUUGAUGCUUUGAAGCUAGGUGCAUGUGUUGAUGUGCUUGGCGGUCUCAUACAUAUUGGAAUCGGUGGAAGUGCUAAACAAACAUGUUGUCCAUUGCUUCAAGGACUCGUAGAUUUGGAUGCUGCUGUGUGUCUUUGCACCACUAUUAGACUCAAGCUUCUUAAUAUCAACCUUGUUAUUCCCCUUGCUCUUCAGGUUCUUAUUGACUGUGGAAAAACUCCACCAGAAGGAUUCAAGUGUCCAUCAUCAUAGUUUCAUAGCGCUAGUACAUUUAUAUUUUGAUUGCAUGGAUAUUAGGUUGCUUGGAAUAAGGUUAACGUACACAAGGUUUGAAAGAGAUAUAGUGAAGAAAAUAUCAUUGUUUCUCGUUCAUCAAGUUGUUGUAGGGUACCACAAAUUAAGGCCAAGGACAUAGUAGAAUAUUGUGUAGCUGGGUGCAGAGUAGAAAGUUUUCUGCACUUUCAAGAAGUAGUUGUCGUCGUCAUGCAAUAGUACGACAAAACCAUUUAAAUUUGAUUAUUUUCUGUUUGGUUUCUUUUUGUCAAUUUGUUUGAUUGCGUGUGAUGCUCUGUGUUUGCAUGUCAGCGUUUGUAAGUUCGUCCGUGAAUGCAUUGGAAAUGUAGAAGUUCUUUUUAAUGUAAUUUUCUUCAAAAUGAUUAUCAUGCUACACGUUCUUUUCUUUCUUA